UACACUGAAACCAAAGACAACAAUAUGCAGUCCGGUGCAAAGGCCAAGACAUGCCCAUUUUAUGAAGAAUUAGAUGAAAUUUUAGGCAAAAAGCCAUGCGUCAAGCCCGUUGCACUGGCCUCCAACAGGCGUCCCGUUCUGGAUAAAAUGUGCACGGAUGUAGACUGUAAAGAAGAACCUGAGAAAAAGAAGAAGAAAAGUAAAUCCAACGUUCUCGAUGAAAUUGGAGAGUGGAGGGUGGAGUCGAUGGAAUAUCGAAGAACCACUGAUGCCGAGAAGCAGAAACAGCGCGAGGAGCAACUUGAAAUUGCACGGAAGAGUAUCGAGUCUAUGGAUGCUCGCAUGGGUCAGUUAAUUGAUGUCUUGAAGAAAAAUUAAAGUUAUUCCUUCGGCUCUGGACGCAUAGUAUAUAACAAGUUCAAGUCCGUGGUAUCGUACGUGAUUGAUGAUCUACCAUUGUUCGAUAAGAAUGGUUACUGUACCGAAGCUGUCGGUGUAUGAUUCACUUGACGAAGAAGUAAUAUAGAGCUAUCUGGAAUUCUCGCUCGCCUCGAUGAAGGAAGGCGCCUGCAGUGAGCAGUCCAGCCGUAUGACGGCCAUGGACAACGCCACCAAGAACGCCGUAGAGAUGAUCGACAAACUCACUCUCAU